AUGGGAAUACUGUAUGUCACCACCUUUCUCCCAAGCCACAACACUAGCUCACCUCAAUCCCCAGAUGUAAGGCUGGUCUCGUCCAAUGUGCCCGCACUAGACGGGCCAGAGAACCCCUACCGCUAUGUCUCAUUCACAGCGCUCUCAACCCCAAUCCUGCGGGAGACCAUCGUCUGCAUCGCGACAGAGCACAUGCUGAACUUUGGGCUAGGCAGCGUAUCAACCGCCGCGCAGCGCCAGCAGCGCAUGCUCCGAACCAUAAGCCAGAACCUGCAGCUGAUAAUCGGGCCAGGGGCCUGUAGCACCGAAGACGCCAGCGUUGCAUCGCCCAACAAGCUCGAUCGCGAGGCUCUCCUCACAGCCGUUGUCCUACAAGGCGUCGUGGUCGUCCAAUCCGAAGACGGCGUGCUAGAACCCCAUGUUCGCUGCGCCUCGUUCCUGAUGGAAACGCUGGGCCGCUUCCACGACGUCCCGCCCACCCCCAUCGCCCGGAUGACCGUCCAGCGGUACGCAAUGGUCGAUCUCAUGCUCGCCUUCUCGCGGCAACGCCGGCCCUACGCCCCAGCGGACUUCGUGUUGCACUCCCCCGACGCAGAGCGCUGGGACUGCUCGGAGCCCUCCUUCCAUAAAAUGACAGGCUGUCCGCAGCCACUCAUGUGCUUCCUUGUGCGCAUCGCCCAUCUAGCCUGCGACGUGCAGGAAAGGCCGCGACACAGCAGCGUUGAUGACGUCCUGCGUCGAGCGCACAGCCUGGAAAGCGACCUCCGGACUUGGGGAACACGCUACACAAGGACCGUCGACGUGGGCCGCGACCCCCUGGAUAUCCUCACAGAGUGCUUCUACUGGACGGCGCAUCUGCUGCUCGCCCGGCGGGUGUUUCGAGACCCCACGCGCUCGGCGCGGGUUCAGCAUCUCGCCCAUACGUGCUUCGGGCUGAUGGAUCAGUUGUCAACGGGGUGCGGGCCGGACUCGUCGCUGCCUCAGCCGUUCUACCUUGCGGCGAGGGAGGCGCUGUCGGACGAGGAUCGGGGGUGGGUGCGCCAGAAACAUGAGUCUAUGACGGCGUUUUAUCGGGAGCAGCAGCGGAAUCUGGCGAUGCGGUUGACCGAGCGUGUUUGGGAGAUUACUGACCAGGCUGAGACAUUGGGCCCUGACGAGAGUGACAUUGAGAUGACCGUGGACGCGGCAGACCGGCGCAUCAGAGUCUUGGACGAGGAGUCAUGGUUCUUCAUCUUCUGA